GACCAAAGCUUGGAACCCCAAAUCCCACCGCCGCGGAGUUCCCCUGAAUUUCUUGUUCUAACACUAUCCCCUGCUAUUCUUGAUUGAUCUUUCUAAGAACCCUAGGAUUUGUGCUCCUAACCCUCGGUUUCCGAUUUCUUUCUUCUGUCACUGUUGCAUUACAAUCGAGAAAGAUUUUAUCUUUCUCGUUCUUUCCUUUUUUUUUUUCGUUUGGGAAUUCAUUGUUGAUAUCCCAGAUAUUCUCAUCGGAUAUCGGGUCUCUUUUAUGGAAUUUGAGGAACCUGUGAUUCAGCAUUCAAUCGAUGUUGGUGUUGGAGCAGGGAAUCAUGCGGUUCCACGCGUAAUUCCUGGACCGCAGCCCAUUAGGGUUGCAAGAAUUGUUGUUCCCUUUCCGCCUCACCGGGUCGUUACAUCUAGGGUUGGAUUUAACCUCGACGUGUUCUUGAGAAUGGAGAUGGAAAGGUCUUCGUCUCUCUCACAGAUGAUGAUGAACGAGGGUUUGGUUCCAUCAGAAGAAGAUGAAUUGAGGAGGAGAAAUGUCAUUCACAAGUUAAAGAAGAUAGUAAUGGAAUGGAUUAAAAGGGUUGCUUACAGACACCAACUCCCAAAAAGAUACCUCGCUAUGGCCUCGGCUAGGAUUUUGACUUUCGGUUCAUAUGGACUUGGGGUUCAUAACGCGGCAUCGGACAUUGAUGCAUUGUGUGUUGUCCCCUGCUUUGCUAAUAUGAGGGAAGACUUUUUCGUUUUGCUGUACAACAUACUUGCCAGCAGACCUGAAAUCUCAGACAUCUACUGUGUCAAGGAUGCUAAAGUUCCUCUGAUGCGCUUUAAAUUUGAUGGGAUCUCCGUUGAUCUUCCAUAUGCUCAACUUAAAGUAAUAUCCAUCCCAGAGAAUGUGGAUUUGUUCAACCCAUUUUUUAUGAGGAACAUUGACGAGAGCAGCUGGAAAAGUUUAUCAGGAGUACGUGCUAAUAGGAGUAUCCUUUCCCUUGUUCCAAGCAUUGAGGAAUUCCAAUCACUGCUGCGCUGCGUUAAGUUAUGGGCAAAGAGACGAGGGUUGUAUGGAAAUUUGCUAGGAUUUUUUGGAGGGAUUCAUCUAGCAGUCCUUUCAGCAUUCGUGUGUCAAAAGCAUCCAGCAGCAAAGUUGAGUUCCCUGGUGUUGAUCUUCUUCAAGACAUUUGCCUUUUGGCCUUGCCAUGUUCCGGUAGUCCUGCAUGACAGGUCGAUGAGGCCGCUUUUCAUCCCCGGAGAAAAACACGGGCUUUGGCCUAUCCACUUGCCGGGCAGUGAGUCUGAUUUCUGUCAUUCCAACAUCACCAGAAGCACUUACUACAAAAUCCGGGCAGAGUUUCUCAGGGGUCAUGCUUUGACAAAGGACAUGUUGAGUCCGGGUUUUGAUUGGAGCGACCUGUUUGAACAUUUUCCUUAUGGGAAGAUAUACGGGCGGGUAGUGAAAAUAUCACUGUCAGCUAGUGAGAAAGAGGAGCUGGAGGUGUGGGUUGGGUGUGUGAAGUCGCGAUUCAGAUGGCUAGUGGUGAGGCUGGAGGAGGAAUUACAGGGAUUCAUCGACCCCAACCCGACCGAGUAUCAUGUUUGCCCAGCAGGAGGAGGAGGAGGAAAGGUGGCGGAAGUAGUGUUCUACUGGGGGCUACAGCCGGGGAGAAGCAAGUGGAUAGACAUAGAAGCAGUGGAGGGUGAGUUCAGGAAGACAUUGAGGAAUGUGUAUCAUCAUCAUCAUCAUCGCCGUGGCUCUGCUUCUUCUCCUUCUUCCACGGCGAGGGUGAAACUAUCCGUUGUGAAGACCUCCUCCCAACAGCAACUUCUCCUCGGCAAUAACAACGACGACAACAACAAGGAACAACGACAACGACAUGUAUCUGCAAAUGCACCAACCCCGGUUGCCGCCGGGGCAUAAGUGCCUUUCUCCGCCGGGAUGUACAUACAUUACAGAGAUAGAUUGAGUUCCAAGGCAAUUGGUCGGAGGAUAUACGAAAAGAGAGAAAAAAAAACAUGCAUGGAUGGAUUUGUUUGCAACUUGUUUCGCUACGGUUUGUUUUGUGGCGAUAAAGAAACAUGAAAAUU